CACAAGGAAAAAAAUAAUAAAAAAUUCACUCAGAACUGACAUUCUGAGCUUCCCAGUUUCUCCAUAUCUUCUUCCUUUUUCCACAUUCUGGACAGAACAUGAACAAGUACAACCUGAGAACUUGUUCAUCUUCAACAUGUCUCAUACUCAUGUUUCUGACCUUAAAUCUCCCAUAUAUACAAGGUUUUGACUCUCUUUUACAGCUCCCACAGUCUGGGUCGGUCCGGAUCCGUCCCGGAUCCAAACGGGUCCUUUUUCUUGGCGACUUUGGAGCACAAGGAGAUGGUCUUCAUGAUGAUACUGAGGCAUUGAAACACGCUUGGGAACUAGCUUGUUCUUUCUCUCCAAGAACAAGAAUUGUAAUUCCUGCUGGAAGCACUUUUCUGAUUCAUCCUAUUGAUAUUGCUGGGCCUUGCCGAUCAAAGAUCACAUUGCAGAUCUCUGGCACAAUCAUUGCACCCAAAGAUCCCGAUGUCUGGCAUGGUAUGAAUCCACGCAAAUGGCUCUACUUCCAUGGGGUGAACCACCUCACUGUACAAGGGGGAGGCACAAUCAACGGGUUGGGACACGAAUGGUGGGCACGCUCUUGCAAGAUCAACUCCACAAAUCCAUGUCAACAUGCCCCAACGGCCUUGACUUUCCAUAGGUGCAAGUAUUUGAAUGUGAAGAACCUCAUGGUGGUUAAUAGUCAACAAAUGCACAUGGCAUUCACCAACUGUCGUCGAGUUGUUGCAUCCCAUCUCAAAGUGAUAGCGCCUGCUCGUAGCCCUAACACUGAUGGAAUUCACAUCAGUCGAUCAAGAGGUGUUGAGUUCAAGGAUAGCACAAUCAGAACAGGGGAUGACUGCAUCUCUAUUGUCAGCAACUCUUCACGGAUCCGGAUCAGAAACAUUAUCUGUGGCCCUGGUCAUGGCAUAAGUAUUGGAAGCCUGGGAAAAUCAAACUCAUGGUCACAGGUGCAUGAUGUAAUGGUUGAUGGAGCUUUCCUCUCCAACACUGAGAAUGGGGUGAGGAUCAAAACAUGGCAGGGAGGUAGUGGUUAUGCAACUGAGAUUUCAUUCCAGAAUGUGCUGAUGGAAAACGUAUCCAAUCCAAUAAUAAUAGAUCAAUAUUAUUGUGAUUCAAGGCAGCCAUGCGCAAAUCAGUCUUUGGCUUUAAAAGUGGAGAAUAUAUCCUUCACGCACAUCAAAGGGACUUCAGCUACAGAGGAAGCAAUAAAAUUUAGUUGCAGUGAUAACUUCCCAUGUGCAGGGUUAUACUUAGAAGACAUUCAGCUUGUAUCAAGCUGCGGGGGAAUUACAACAUCUUUUUGUUGGGAAGCUUAUGGCUUGAGUUCGGGUUUGGUUAACCCACCUGCUUGCUUUUCUUGUAGCGAAAGCUAUAUUAACCAGAAAGUCUUGCUGGAUUCUGCCAUUCAUUCCAUCUGAAGAGAGAUCAUUCAGUUUUGAAUUUGUAUAGAAGCAUAGCCAAGACAUCAACUCUAGUGCAGAAAUACUGCAUGACUUUGUAGGGUUCAAUCUUCAAGGUCAAGGAUAUACCUAAUUUGUACAUAAUUCUUCGAUGAUUCCUUGCAAGUUCCAAUUAUAUGUACUAAUUUUCUGUAAAUCAUUUGUAUGCACUGAAGGACUAGACUCAAGUAACAAAGCAUAAUUAGCGAAAUUCAUCAA